AGAGAUGCAGCAACGCAGGGAGAAGAAAAUUCAGGAGAAUUCUCCUGAGGGCAGGAGCCAAGCUGGCCAAUGUAAUCAAUGUAGGACAUCAACAAACACAGAUAACAGGAAAUGAUCCAUUCCCCGUGGUCACUUAUUCUAAAGUCCUGAACUUUUAUAGUUCAGGGAGUGAAAUGAAUGACUCCACAGAAGGGAAGCAGUCACGCCUUUCUUGUUGUUUUAAGAGAAGAGAAGAAAUGAAACUGAAGGAGUAUGUCUCCAUCCUCCCCCAGAAGGAAAGCCCCUCUGUCCAAUUCUCCAAAAAUGGAACACUGCUGGCCUUCACCUUGCUGCUAGCCCUGGUGUCCUGCUGCCUCACGGUGGUAUCUUUCUGCAGGGUGGCUGCCUUACAAGCAGAGCUGAGAAGCCUCCGGGAGGAACUGCAAGAGCACCAAACUGAGCAGCUGCCAGGCCCUCUCCAGGCAGGAGCAGCAGCAACCAGGGCAGCUAUGCGGGAGGCUCCAGCUGCCACCUCGGUACUGAAAGGGAUCUUGGCACCGCGAGCUUCAGGAGAAAGCAACUCCAGUCAAAGCAUAAGGAAUAAGCGUGCUGCUCAGGGUCCAGAAGAAACAGUCACUCAAGACUGCUUGCAACUGAUUGCAGAUAAUGACAUGCCUACUAUACGAAAAGGAUCUUACACAUUCGUUCCGUGGCUUCUCAGCUUUAAAAGAGGAAGAGCCCUAGAAGAAAAAGAAAAUAAAAUACUGGUCAAAGAAACCGGUUACUUUUUUAUAUAUGGUCAGGUUUUGUACACCGAUAACACCUUUGCCAUGGGACACCUAAUACAGAGGAAAAAAGUCCAUGUCUUUGGGGAUGAAUUGAGUCUGGUGACUUUGUUCCGAUGUAUUCAAAAUAUGCCUGAAACACUACCCAAUAAUUCCUGUUAUUCAGCUGGCAUUGCAAAGCUGGAAGAAGGAGAUGAACUUCAGCUUGCAAUACCACGUGAAGAUGCUAAAAUAUCACGGGAUGGAGAUGGCACUUUUUUUGGUGCAUUGAAACUUCUGUGACCUACUUACACCUUGUUUGUGGCUAUUUUCCUCCCAUUCUGUGUACCUCUAAGGAGAAAGCACUUGAGUGGACAUACCAAAAAGGGGGGAAAAAGUAGUUAUCAUAGCCUUUUCUGUGAACUGUUUGUUUUGGUUUGCUGAAACUAGACCAAACAGGAAAUUUUAACAGACAACCACAGCCAAGGGACUGUCAUGUGGUUUACAAGAAAUAGAGCUCAUUUAAGGAAAGAUAGAAUUAGAAAGACUUUUUCGCUAUCAUGCCAUGUUGAACAACUUAGUCAUAGUUUCUUGUCUUGGAGGAAGUGCAGGAUCAAAGGGGCAGAAAUCAUUUGUUCAAAAAUGGUAUUCCAUUAUUUACUAUGCAACAAGUGCCCACAUCUAUGGGACAGUAAGACCUUUGGGAGAAAUCUCAGAAUUCAUCCUCUAUUUUUAUGUGAAAUAUACCCCUCUCCUUUUUCAUUUAACAUUAUAGAUAGUAAAAAGAAAAAAAUACAGAAAUUUUGCAUUCACUACAUGAAAAAGUAAU